AUGUCUCCUCCAAAAUUCCCCUUUGCUCGCCCUUCAGGCUACGAGCCUCCUCUUGAAUAUGCCCAGCUGCGGGCCAAUGAACCUGUGUCUCAAGUUAGACUCUUCGAUGGCAGUCUUGCCUGGCUUGUCGUGAAGCACAAAGAUAUCUGCAGCGUCUUGACAGACCAGCGGCUCUCAAAGGAGAGAAACCGUCCAGGUUUCCCAGAGCUGAGUGCCGGUGGCAAGGCAGCGGCAAAGAAUAAGCCAACAUUUGUUGACAUGGAUCCACCGCAUCAUAUGCAACAGAGGAGCAUGGUUGAGCCCAUUUUCACAAAAGCGCAUAUUGACAGCACACGCCCUCACAUCCAAAAGACAGUCGACUCUCUACUUGAUAUCAUUAUCAAACAGGGAGGUGCAAAGCCCUUCGACAUAGUCGACAAAUUUGCCCUCCCAGUCCCAUCAUACAUCAUCUAUGGCAUCUUGGGAGUUCCGUUCUCAGACCUCCCAUAUCUCACACAGCAAGCAGCAAUCCGCAGCAACGGUUCGGCAACUGCAACAGAAGCGUCAAAGGCGAAUGAUUCUUUGCUCCAGUAUAUUGGCGGCCUCGUGGACCAACGCAUGGCAGCCCCUAAAGAUGAUCUCAUCAGUCUCCUGGUGACGCAGCAACUCAGUCAAGGGCACCUGAGAAAACACGAUGUUACCCAGAUGGCCUUCCUUCUCCUGGUCGCAGGAAACGCAACCAUGGUCAGCAUGAUAGCGCUCGGCAUCGUUACGCUCCUACAACACCCAGACCAAUUGGAAGACCUGAAACGAUUUCCUGAGAGAUGGACAGCACCAUUCGUGGAGGAGCUUUGUAGGUAUCAUACUGCUUCGGCUCUGGCAACAAAGAGAGUUGCCAAAGAAGAUGUGGUUAUUGGUGGGAAGACAAUUAAGCAAGGUGAGGGUAUUAUUGCUGCGACGCAGAGCGGAAAUCGUGAUGAAGAUGUGUUUCCUAACCCGGAUGUUUUUGAUAUGAAGAGGAAGAGGGGGAGGGAGGAGGCUCUGGGUUAUGGUUGGGGUGGACAUCGAUGUGUUGCUGAAUGGCUUGCAAGAACAGAACUUGAAAUCGUUUUUGCUACGCUAUUCAAGAAACUCCCCACUCUCAAACUGGCUAUCCCCUUCGACCAAGUCCAAUAUUCGCCACCGAAAAAGGAUGUUGGAAUCUCCGAGCUACCAGUUGUCUUCUAA